UACAAACGACAUUAAAAUAUCUCCCACGGCUUCACUCUCACAACUUUCUCUCUCUCAGACGUGGUGAGAGCGUGAGAGAAUCAAUCCUUCCUCUUCAUCGAACAAACCCGGUUCGAUUGACGGAGAAAACUUAGUCAUGGCGCCGCCGGCAAUCGCAGAAGGCGGUGGAGGAGGUGCGCAGCCACCGCAACAACGCCAAGGUUUUGGACAAUCGAUCUCUGGAGUUCUAAGAAUGGCGAUUUUUUGGUAUUUUGCAUCCAAAUUCUUCUUUUCCCCCAAAAAACCCGCUGACCCUGCUCUUCUUAUGAACAAUCUCUUCCAAAAGGGCGAACCUUUGGAUAUGUGGUUUUAUCUUUCAGAACAUGAAAAAUUCAGAGAUUUUGGGAAUGAACAAGCUCUCAUCUGGCAUGAGACUAACAUCCCUUAUGCAGUCUGGAAACCUGAGAGUACCAGGACCUUGUCCUUAAAUUAUCAGCCUUCUGAGGAUUUAAAGCAUAAUGGGACUUUGUAUGCGCAUGUAUUCUUUGCUCGUUCUGGAUAUUCUCCUGAUCCAAGUGAGCCAGAGUACCAACCAUUGGCUACCUUUGGUAGAAGCAAGCCUGUUGUGACAAUCUUGCCCAAGUCUAAAGUUGACAAAAGGAAAUCCCUAUUGGGAGACACCAAAAGUUCUUCUGAGGACAAAACAAUGUCAAAGGUUGAAGAAGAUUUGCAGACAGAUCCUAAAGAUGAAGGUCCCCCUGAAUGGAUUUCUUAUUGGAAACCCAACAUGACAAUCAAUUUGGUUGAUGAUUUCACUAGGUACUCGGCAAAUUCUGUUCCUCCAAACAUCGUGCCUCAUCUGAAUAUUGAGCCCAAAACAGGGAACUAUUUCCCAACCAUAUUCUUCAAUGAGUUUUGGCUGCUCAAAGAUAAGUUGAUACCGAUCAAUGAGACAGUGACUGAACUUCCUUUACAUUUGGAGGUGGCUCCUAUGAGCAUGACCAAGUGGCAGCUAUUCCUGCAGAUCGAUGAGUCAUUUCAGAUUCAUCGCUCUUAUGGAAGUAUGCUUGAAGGCGAGGCUGAUGAACUUAAGAGGGUAUUCUUGGAAGGGAAUCCUUACCUUCUUGCAAUCACAAUGACAGUCUCACUUUUUCAUUCUUUGUUUGACUUUCUGGCCUUCAAAAAUGAUAUUCAAUUCUGGAACAAGAACAAGUCAAUGGAAGGGUUAUCUGCUAAGUCAGUUGUUGUCAGCUUUAUCUCUCAGUUGAUUGUUUUCCUCUAUCUCCUGGAUAAUGAUACUUCAUGGAUGAUUCUUGUGAGCUCUGGAAUCGGUUGCUGCAUUGAGUUUUGGAAAAUAGGGAAGGCGAUGCACAUAGAGUUGGAUAGAUCUGGCAGGAUUCCCUUACUAAGGUUUAAAGACCGGGAUUCCUAUAAAAUGAACAAGACAAAGGAGUAUGACGACAUCGCGAUGAAAUAUCUCUCAUAUCUCUUGUUCUUCCUUGUUGUGUGCUCCUCCAUUUACUCUUUGAAGUAUGAACGCCACAAAAGUUGGUACUCAUGGAUUCUUUCUUCAAUGACACAAUGUGUAUAUAUGUUUGGCUUCAUAAUGAUGUGUCCCCAGUUGUUUAUAAACUACAAGCUGAAGUCUGUGGCUCACAUGCCUUGGCGCCAAAUGACAUACAAGUUCUUGAACACCAUUAUUGACGACCUCUUUGCCUUUGUCAUCAAGAUGCCCACACUUCAUCGGCUUUCAGUUUUCCGUGAUGAUAUCAUAUUUUUGAUAUAUGUUUAUCAACGAUGGGUUUACCCAGUUGACAAAAAGAGGGUGAAUGAAUUCGGUUUUGGUGGUGAGGAUGAUAGCCAGUCUACCGAGGCCAUUGAAUCAACUAAAAAGGAUGAGGGUCAAUCUUCUGAGGCCAUUGAAGCAGCAAACGAGGCCGAUAAGAAAACCAACUGAUCACUGUUUUUAGUUUUGGGAACCUGUGUAACACACCUCCUUUAUAUCUUUUUUUUUUUUCAGCUGUAAAGUGCCAAUUAGUAAGAAUCGUUGUCACUUAAGUUUAUUUUUUCAACAAUUUUGCUUUAUUUACUGCUAAUGUUAUUUCAUUAAUUAUAGUUAGUUUUCAUAGCUAGAAAUAGCACAAGGAUAGAUUGUUCUCUUGCUUAGGAAGUAAGGAAAUGAGCUAGUGACUUUAAUCAAUUGCUUUUGACACUAAUGAGAAUUUUGAUUGCAUAAUAAGGGCACUGAUGCCUUUACCUUUUAUGGAGUA